GCCCACGAGGACGCUGUGCUCCGUUGCUUCCGGGCGCGCACUGCUCUGCCGCUGCUGUCAGACCAGAAUUCUCGGUGCCGCGGUCGUCGCCGUCGGCGUCCCCAGCUCUGCCGCCGCCAUGGGGAUCUUGGAGAAGAUAUCGGAGAUCGAGAAGGAGAUCGCUCGGACGCAGAAGAACAAGGCCACUGAGUAUCAUCUGGGCCUGCUGAAAGCAAAACUUGCCAAGUAUCGGGCCCAGCUCCUAGAACCAUCCAAAUCUGCCUCAUCCAAAGGAGAGGGCUUCGAUGUCAUGAAGUCAGGUGAUGCCCGUGUGGCGCUGAUUGGAUUCCCCUCUGUGGGUAAGUCCACCUUCUUGAGUCUGAUGACCUCCACAGCCAGUGAAGCUGCAUCCUACGAGUUCACCACUCUGACGUGUAUCCCCGGGGUCAUUGAAUACAAAGGCGCCAACAUCCAGCUCCUGGACCUUCCUGGAAUCAUUGAAGGCGCGGCCCAAGGGAAAGGCCGUGGCCGGCAGGUGAUCGCUGUGGCACGCACAGCCGAUGUUGUCAUCAUGAUGCUGGAUGCCACCAAGGGAGAGGUUCAGAGGUCUCUGCUGGAGAAGGAGCUGGAGUCCGUGGGCAUCCGCCUCAACAAGCACAAGCCCAACAUCUACUUCAAGCCUAAGAAAGGUGGUGGCAUCUCCUUUAACUCGACAGUGACAUUGACCCAGUGCUCCGAAAAGCUGGUGCAGCUCAUCCUGCACGAAUACAAGAUCUUCAAUGCAGAAGUGCUCUUCCGAGAAGACUGUUCCCCGGACGAGUUCAUUGACGUGAUCGUGGGCAACCGGGUGUAUAUGCCCUGCCUGUAUGUUUACAAUAAAAUUGACCAGAUCUCCAUGGAAGAAGUGGACCGCCUGGCCCGAAAACCCAACAGCGUGGUCAUCAGCUGCGGCAUGAAGCUGAACCUGGACUACCUGCUGGAGAUGCUUUGGGAGUAUUUGGCCCUGACCUGCAUCUACACCAAGAAGAGAGGACAGAGGCCAGACUUCACGGAUGCCAUCAUUCUCCGGAAAGGAGCCUCUGUGGAGCACGUGGUGUCGUUUUCCUCAAGCUCAGGAUCUGUAUCAUAGAGCCAAGCAACACUGUGAGUCCCUGCAGCCCCUUAGAAGGACAGUGGUGGGUGGGCCUGAAGUCUGGUCUCAUGCAUUCGUUCAUUCAGCAAACCCAGCCCCUGGCCUCUGGGUGCUGGUCUCAAGGUACUGAUAGAAAUGAGGCAAGACCAUCACAUCUUCCUCAGGGCCUGGGCUUGAAAGUUAGCAUGCCAGGCAGGAGCCAAGGAGACUCAAGAUUACCCUCCUGAAUCCCUUCAGUCACUCACAAGGAGCUCCUUGUUGGAGGCUGCAUCCCCCAGGCCUGUUUGAGAGCCGAGGAGCCCAGCAGGCUGUAGACGCAGGUGCCUGGGAAGAAGCGCAGGGUGUUGCAGGCAGCAGGGAUAAUAGGUGCAAGGCCCAGAGGCACAAGUGAAGGAGGGGAGCACAGGGCAGAGGCAACAGGUGCUGGGCCUGAGAGUGAGGAGAGAUGGGGGUGUCCCACAGAGGCCUACUCCUUCUGUCGUCACCUCCCUUCCAGCUUGCCCUCCCCAGGUGCCUCCCUCCAGGACACUCAACUGUCCCGGGUUUUACGAGCUGUAGGUAAAAGGCCUGCCCUGCCCACAGAGUUCGUUACAACCUGGGUGUUGACAACAGAGACCCAAAGAAGGUGAAGCAGGCAGACAUCGAGCCAACCAGACCCAGGGUCACACCCUCGCUCCCCUAUCCUGUGCCUUAGUGCCCUCAUCUGGGGGUAACUGACCCCCAGGGCUAUGGCUAUGCACCCAGUGCUCCUAAAGUUCUCAGGGUUUCAACAGAAUCCAGUGACUGGGUGACCCUGCAUUUUACAUUCUGCCUGUGGGUUUAAUUUAUUUCUUAGGAAUGGGCAAGCUGAAUAAAACAUAAAACCCAUUUAUAGGCCAGAAGAGACCAGAACCAGUUGGCUUCCGUCUUGUGUCAGGGGAGUGUUCUUGCAGGCCUGACAUCUGCCUCUUCCCCUGGGAAGCCAGGCAAGCCCUUUGGUCUUUGACCUGUAAGACUUGUGGGCAUGUGGGAGGAGGAGCAACCCUGCAGUCUUCUCCCUGCCUGCCCCACUUGACUGCCACCAUCACCGUGGCAACAACAGGGCAAUGGCUGGCUGCCUCCUUCAGGGUCUCCUUCCUGAGAGUGCUGGGACACCUCUGACCUCCCUCCCUGCCCAGGAGUGCUGACAGCCUACAGCUGUCUAGGGGGGUGGGGGUGGGGUGAUGUGCCACAGCUCGGGCUGGGAGGACUGAGAGACAGUGACCAAGCAGUGGUGACUCCAAGCUGUCACCCUGUCCCAUUCUGAAGGAGCAUCUGUUCAGAUGCGGAAGGCUGUUCAGGCGGAAGGCUGCUAGCAGCCAGGUCUUCAACCUUGCUCUGGCAGCUGUGGGCACAUUCCUAACCGUGCACUGCUGCUUCCAGGCAGGUGUGGGAGUGGGACCCUCUUGCAGCUGGGACUAGGAGGCUGCAUGGGAGUCAAGCAUGAGUCAUUUCUUGACCCAAGGCCUGCACUGUUGGAGCCCCUGCCAUGGUGCACCUGUUGCUUUUUGGCACAUCCCCUGUGCUUUGGGUGUGUGGCUGAGCUCGGGGUGGGGUUGGGUGGAGCCUCAUCUUCCUCUCUGACACUCUUGUC